GAGAGUUUCUAGACCCUGAUUAUCUGAUAAUGUUACAGAAAAGAGUAGAAAUCUUCAACCCCCCGCAUCUCCAUCCGAACCGUUAUCCUCGACACCUCUCGAGGUCACGCCAUAAGCUAAGGGCGAGGGCUAGUCCGGCCGAGAGAACAAAGACAGGAAAAUAAAAUGACCGUCGGAACAGAUGACACCCAGCCGCUGCUGCGAAGCGUCACAAACGAGGGGCACCAGGUCUAUACCGACCCAGACCCUGCUCCCGCACUGCAAGAUGGCACCACCGACAUCGCCGUCGACACAACCAUCGUCGACUUCGACCCCAACGGCGACGCAGAGAACCCGCUCGAGUGGCCCACGCCGUUCAAAUGGGCCGUCGUGAGCAUGCUCGCUGUCAUGGCGUUUACAGUCACAUUCACCUGCAUCAGCGUAGUCCCCCUCGCCUCAGACAUCGUGCGCGACCUAUCACCACCCGCUAGUGAGCCCUCCAAGUCCGCCAGCGUGCUGCUCGUGACCAUCUGGGAGCUGGGCGAGGCCGCGGGGCCUUUACUCAUCGCGCCGCUGUCCGAGAUGUUCGGCCGGUACCCGGUCAUGAACGCGGCCAACGUGCUGUUCAUCUUCGCCACGCUGCUGGCGGCGACGAGCGCGAGCGUGCCCCAGUUCAUCGUGGCGCGCAUGCUGAACGGCCUCGCCGUCGCGAGCAACGUGCUCAACCCGGCCAUCGUCGGCGACAUGUUCGCCAGCGAGGAGCGGGGCAGCGCGCUGAGCCUCAUCUACCUCGCGCCGUUGAUCGGGGGUGCUAUUGGGCCUUUGAUUGGGAGUGCGGUGGCGCAGGCGCUGGGGUGGAGGACUGUCGUCUGGGCGACGGUCGUGCUCGCGUCCGCGUGUGAGGUGCUCUUCUUGACGUGCUUUCGCGAGACGUACAAGGUGACCAUUCUCAGGAGGCGCGCGAAGAAGUUGGCGAGUUGCCAUGGUGCGGGCUUGGGGAGGACGUUCAAGACGGCGUUUGACGAUGCUGAGGCUCUCGGAGAGCAGGGGUUGUCGAAGUGGAAAAAGUUGCGGGACGCGGUGCUCCGCCCGGCCAUUGUCUGGUGCGGGAGCGGCGUGUUGAUGGCCAUGAGCCUGUUCGGCUCAGUUACCUUCGCCUUCUAUUACGUCUACAGCACGACCUUCUCCGACAUCUUGGUCGACAUGUACAAGCUGUCCCCCGUGACCAUAGGCUCGUGCUUCACCAUUUUCUCCGUUGGCUCGACCCUGAGCGUCUUCCUCUGCAAUAGCACGCUAGACCGGAUCUAUAUCCGGAUGCGUGACACGCACAAAGGCGUCGGCAAGCCCGAGUUCCGACUCCCUCUGGCCAUCCUCGGGGCCUUUGCUUUUCCGCUCGCCGUAGCGGCGUAUGGAUGGGCCGCCGAGAUUCGCCUACCACUGGUGUUCCUCUUGUUCGCCGUCUGUGCUAUGGGCACGGCGCUCAUGCUAGCCAUGAUCCCCGUCAUGGCCUACAUUGUCGACGCGUUUGGCGCUUACUCGGCCUCCGCCAUGACCGGAGUUAUCGUGACUAGGUGCUUGAUGGGGACCUUUCUGCCCCUGACGACGACUCCUCUGGUAGAUAUGUUUGGUUACGGAUGGGGCUUCACGGCACAGGCUGGUCUCGGUCUGCUGCUGGCUCCUAUCCCCGUUGUGAUGCUCCGGUAUGGGGCGUACUGGAGAAAGUUUUCCAAGUACAGUCGUGAUGCAUAAGACGAUACCCGAUGAUGAUGACUGACGUUUGAAGUUUGUGGGAUGAGAUAUGGUAAUGAAGCCAAAGGGGCA